AUGUCUGCCUCGAAAUUUUCCACUACAGAGUACUAUGAAGAGGUCGAGUACUAUCGAAAAACGAGUAGUCCCCGAAAAAACCGUUUACUUUCUGGAACUGAUCGUCGAUUUGCCGAACAUGACCUCCAGGAUACGUCGUACAUCGAUUAUCCAAACAAUUGGAGGCCAAAUAGCACACGAAUAGCUCCUGAUCCCUAUUCGAGCUCUUGGACACCUCGUCCUGCCCCGGAUUCUCAAUUCUUCAACGUUGAUCGUCGUUCUGGAACGCAGGAGAGCCGAAUCUAUGAUUCAAGACCGAUCCGACCAAAUUUCGAUACAAGCUACGAAACUUACUAUCGACAGCCCUAUAACCCUGAAGAGCUCACCUAUAGUUCUGGACAGUCACGGGACUUGUCCCUACCGAUAACGACUCGCUAUUCGUGUUUGAACUGCUAUGAUGGCUUGCUAGGAGGCUUUUGUGAAACUUGUGGAAAAUUUGGAAGAGAAUCGUCUCAAUCAGUGCAGUGCCAUCCAGAUCCAUCGAAAAUCGAGCCAUUUCGUAAUUACGACAAGAAUGAGUACACGGAUUCGAGAGCUUUUUCUGCAAUGACUUCCAGAAAUAGAAUGGCCAACUACAGCUACUGCACCAUCAUCGACAAUCCGGAGUUCAAGGCUGACGUCUUUGCCGAGAAAAUCGAUCGAGCUCUGCGCGCCGGCGAGAAAGAGGGCAUUGUCAACACGUUGACCUCGAUCUCGAACUCGCAACGACAACAACUUCGCGCUCCCUACAAACUCAAAUACGGAAAGGAAAUCGAUGAAGCGCUUGACAAGAAAUUCUCUGGAGAUAUCGAGACGGCGGUGCUCGCCCUCAUGGAAACUCCAUUGGAGUACGAUGUGAAACAGUUGAAGAAAUCGAUGAAGGGUGCCGUAGCGGGUCUUGGCACUGAUGAAACGGUUUUGAUUGAGAUCCUUUGCUCGCGUACUGCCGAUCAAUUGAGAGCCAUUCGAGCCGCCUAUGAGAAAAACUACAACAAGCAAUUGGAGAAAGAUGUCGCUGGUGACACGUCGGGAGAGUUUCGCGAUUUGUUGGUUGCUUUAGUCACCGGUGCUAAGGAUCCAUCACAUGAAACGAAUGAUUCACAGGCUAAAGAUGACGCUGUGCGCCUCUUCGCUGACGGAAAAGGAAAACUGGCCGGUGAUAAAAACGCUCCAUCGCACUUCUUGAAAAUCUUAGCCACCCAGAAUCAGUACCAGCUUCGUAAGGUGUUCGCCGAGUUCGAAAAACUCUCUGGUGUCUCUAUUGAGAAGGCUAUUGAGAAAGAGUUUAGUGGCGAUCUCCGCAACUCGUAUCUCACUAUUGCAAGAGCCUCCACAAACAAGCAGAAAUUCUUCGCCGUUCAACUUUACAACGCCAUGAAGGGGACUCGGAACUCG